UAGCGCACCGGAAGCGCGACUCGCAGCAGCAUGAACAAACACGUACGCAGCCAGCUGUCAACACAAAUAGGGCGAGUUCACACCGAUGCAGGUGCGGUAUUUUAAUACAAUGACUGAAUGACACGCAUUGUUGUCGCUGCAUGUUGCACGAGUGAUGCAUUUCUCCGCAGGUGACGUGUUUUAUUAACGGACUGACAGUGAUGCUGAUGAGGGAAUAUGAGAUAACGGUUCACACUGAUGCCUCUCUGGCCGCACUCGUGCAUUAUUUAUCUGCAGCUCUGACAGUGUUGUAGUUCAUGACAACGAGUGUGUAAAUACUGAGGACAGAGUCAAAGUCUGAGCAUGGACACUUUGCUGGACUUUGAGGAGUGCAUCAGAGACUCACCUGCCUUCAGGCAGUCUCUGGACCAGUGUGAGAAUGACUUCACAGAACUGGAGAGUCGCGUGGAGAAAGUGAUGAAGUUGUGCGGUCAGAUGGUGGAGGCAGGACAGCGUUACACCACCUGUAAUCAGCUCUUUCUGUCUGCGCUGUCCGAGUUUACGGUGUAUCAUAAGAGCGACGGCGUUGUUCUGAACUGUCUACGUCAGUUUAACCAGGGCCUCCAGGAAAUGAUCCAGUUUCAGACCAUGCUGUUUGAUCAAACCCAGAGAGCCAUUACACAACAACUUACAAACCUGCUGUCACGAUUUGUACCACAGAUUCGAGACACUCGGCGUGAGUUCGUCCGGAUCGGAGAUGAUCUUGAGGCCGCGGUUGUGAAAAAUACUCAGGUCAGCAGACAUAAACCCGCAGACGCUGAGAGAGCGACUCACCUGCUGCUCGCCACAAGAAAGUGCUACCAACACUUUGCCCUGGAUUACUGCUUGCAGAUGAAUAACUUCAAAGUCCAACAGAAGCUGGAUGUUCUGAACUCGGUCUUCUCCUAUUUUCACGCUCAGAACACGUUUUUCCACCAGGGAUUUGACCUGCUGAAAGAUCUCGAGCCCACUAUGAAAACAAUGGCCUCACAGCUUUCUCAGCUGUCGGCUGACUGCACUGCCAAGAGGAAAGAUCUGGAAAACACACACCUGCUCGUUCAACAGAGGGAUGCGUCUGGAGAGGCCGUUAUUGUGUGUAAUCCGUCCUAUGGAGGAACGAUUCAAGGCUACCUGUUUAAACGCUCACGCAAGAAGAACAAGACCUGGAAGAGGUGUUGGUUUUCUACUGAAAAUAAUCAGUUAAUCUACUCCAAAUCACACAAGGUGCAGGCAGUCGUCCUGUUUGAUGAUCUGCGUCUGUGUGCUGUGAAAUCUCUGGAUGCCAUCGAUCGGCGUUUCUGUUUUGAGCUACUGUCAGUGCAGAAGUGUUGUGUGCUGCAGGCAGAUACUGAGGAGCUGAAGCUGGCGUGGAUAAACGCUGUUCAGGGUUGUAUAGACAUGGCGUACCGUGAUCAAGUAGCCAAUCAAAACACUCAGGUAAAGAAGAACUCCACCCCUGUCCCCGUUUUAGAACCCCCCUCUCACGCCCCUGCUCUGGGCGUGGCUCUCCGGGGCAACGGUAACCGGCGCUGCUGUGACUGCGGGGAGGCGGAGCCUCGGUGGGCCAGCGUUAAUCUGGGCAUCACCAUGUGUAUCGAGUGCUCGGGCAUCCACAGGAGUCUCGGGGUUCAUCUGUCCAAAGUUCGCUCUCUUACUCUUGAUUCGUGGGAGCCCGAACAGGUCAAGCUGCAGUGCAUUCUGGGUAAUGAUGUUGUUAAUAGCAUUUAUGAGUCUAACCCAGUGGAUGGACUACAGAAGCCCAGUCCAGACAGUCCACGGCAUGAUAAAGAGCAAUGGAUCAGAUUAAAGUACGUGGAGAAGAGAUUUGUCAAACGUCAGUCUGAUUCUUCUGAUGCUGAGACAGCAAAGCUACGAGCCGGGGAGAAGCUGUACCAGGCGUCGCUAAGCGGAGAUCUUGUUGCCAUGGUGACAGCGCUGGCCAAGGGUGCGGAAGUGAACUGGAGUAAUCCGGAACAAGAAGGACGAACGGCUCUGAUUGGUUCAGCCAUCGGGGGCUCACUGUUGGCAUGUGAGUUCUUGUUGCAAAACGGCGCUAACGUGAAUCUCAGAGAUCAGCACGGACAGGGCGCUUUACACGCCGCUGCCACCUACGGACACACGGGACAGGUGUGUCUGCUGCUCAAGCGAGGAGCCAAUCAGUACGCAGCUGAUGAAAAGGGAAACGAUCCGCUCAGUAUCGCUGUAGAAACGGCUCAGGCUGACAUUGUCACUUUGUUAAGAAUGGCACGAAUGAACGAGGAAAUGAGAGAUUCAGAGGGAUUCUUCGGUUCUGUGGGAGACGAUGAAACAUUCCAGGAUAUUUUCCGUGACUUCAGUAACAUGGCGUCACAUGACCCGGAGAAGCUGUCUCGUCGUCAGUUCACACGCAGCGCUGAGGACGGAGCGGUAAAUGAGCAGAAAGAUGAAGGAGAGGAGAACUAGACAUCCACUGAGUUUCACCAGUCACAUGUCUGCUGAGGUCAGAGGUCACGCUGCUGCACUGUGGACCAGGUGGGAGAAAACGCAGGAGUAUAAAGGGAAACUUUAUUUGUUACAAUUAUUUAAAACUAAAGUCUAUUCAGAAUCUCUUGCAGAGACGCUGGAUUUAACCACUGAGUAUGUUAACAGUACACGUGACAUCACUAACGCUCAGUAUUGAAAGUUAGUUUAAUGGUCCACAUCAUUACAUGCUUAUUUUGGCCUGAAUCGACUGUUUGUCCUGACUGUGUAUUACUGAAACUGUACUAAAAUAUUUUUUACUGAAUGGUUUCAUAUUGCACUGCAGUAAAAUCUUGGUUCUUACUUAUGCUACACUGAACAUUUGCUGUUACGCUUAAAUGAGAAUUUACAAUAACAAUUACUGUAAACACAGUGAACAUUUAUCAACUUACACUACCAGCCAGAGGUUUGGACACCCUUGAGUGAGUUUGUUUCUUAUGGUUUUAAGAACCUUUUGAUCUACAGACUUGUGUGAAAUUCAUUUUGUAGACAAUAUUAGUGAUCUACUUAUCUUCACAAUGCUGAAGAUUUAGUAUAAAAUAAACAAGUCUAGUGGAGGUAAAACAGCCAUAUAGUGUCUAGUCUACAUGGAAACAGUGUUGCCAGAUUGGGUGGACAAUUUUCAGCCAAAGGCUCACUAAAACCCGCCCACUCCAACAAAAACCAGCCCAAAUUUUAACUGCCAAAGUAUUGUGAUAGAACUGUUUUGCAAUGUCAAUCAACGAUGAUAAUGACAAUUUUAUCUCCUUAAAACCAGAGCCAUUGAGAGAGAGAGUCGCGUCAACUCCGUUGACUCCAAUGGAACAGUUUUUUCACAGCAAUGGAGGCUCUCAAUAGUUCCCGGAAGUAACUAGUAAUGCAUGGAGCUGCGACUAAACAGACCAACUGAGGUAAACUUCUAACCCAUUUAAAGAUGAAAGCCAUUUAAUGAAUAAAAAAAUGAAAGAAAUAAAGCAUUUAAGGAGAAAACAUAACUUCCUGGAACUAUCUGAAGGCUCCAUGAAUCACGUGACGCUCCAGCGUUUUGGACUUCCGUUGGCCGAACUCUCUCUCUCAAUGGCUCUGCUUAAAACGAAGUAUGACAAGAUGACAAAAUAUAACUAGAUAGUGAAGUUUGAGAACAAACUUGAUGUUGGCUUGACAAAGCCUGGCCUGAAGAGUUUAAAAUAGUUUGAAAGGUUUUAGGUGAAACAUUUUCCGACAUGAUAGAAUGAAAUAAAAUGACUCCAGUCUGUAAAAACCGGGCUAAAGUCUAAAGAAAACGGUGCUCUGAAUUCAGUUCUAGUUAUAUUUACAAAGUCGAGUCUUCUGUCACCACAUGUGUAAUCCACGUUGUGAGAUUUGAGUUACUCUCCCAUCAUUGUGCAACAAAUAUUUGGGCGACUUUGGCAUUUCGUUUGCUUCAAUAUACAAAAUCUGGUCCUUUAUCGCUGCAAAACCCCGUUACUCACGAGUCAUCACAUCUGAAGGGUAGAUUGAUUGACAGGUCUCCCUAUCCCAGACCCAGACCUGAUUGGUUAAACUGAACCAGUAAGGGCUGUGUUAAGGAAAUAUGUGUUUUGACUGCACUACACAUUAUUUUCGAACGUUUUGAAAUAACUUGACUAAAUAAAAGCAAAGAAAAGACAAGCUGCUUGGGUGGGUUUUUAAUUUCGUAAGCAGCCCAAAUUUUGUCCACCCGCCCAGUGCAUUUUUCUCCGGUCUAACCCAUUCAAAAGAAGCCCAAUCUGGCAACACUGCGUGGAAACUCCUUUAAUACUGUUUAAAAGCAUCCCAGGAUUCAGGUCAUGCAGUUGAAUGAUAGAUGUUAUCUAGACACAGGCGGCUACUUUUUUACAAGCUAUUCAUUUAUUUAAUGUAUUUGGUCAAACCUUUAUGUGUGUUAUUUUCAAUAUUUUGAUUUUACUAUUAUGUGGAUAAUUGUGAUAAUAAGGAAUAAUUAGGCGUCCAGACAUUUCCCUGGUAGCAUACAUACUGAAUAAAAUGCACACGCUCACUAUAUCUAGAUAUCAGUCUUAAUGUCUAAAAAGGUUGUGUUUUAUGCUAAUGAAUAAAAUAUAUGCUAUUUAAC